AUGCAAAUGGGAACAAUUGUCGGUCAAAUAUUAGCCGGUAUUGUAUCACAACCACGCUUGAUUGAUUUAGGCACUAUGCCUAAAUCAUUUAUGUAUAUUUCAUAUUGGCCAUAUGCUCAUUAUUUAUUCGGUAUAUUAAAUAUCCUAUUUUCUGCUCUAUGGAUAUUUACUGUCUAUGAUAAUCCAUUAAAACAUCCUUGGAUUAGCGAGAAAGAAAAACAAUAUUUAUUAGAAACUAUUUAUACUACUACUACUACUGAUGAUAAUACUGAAUACAAUAAAGUCAAUGAGGAAUCAAAUACUACUGAAAAAGAAGUUAGCAGUAGUGGUGAUACUAAAAAAGAAGAUCAAUCCAUAUCUGAUAAUGCAUUGAUAGAACAAGGAAAUUCGCAAUCAACAUGGUCAGUUCCAUGGAAAGAAAUGCUCAAGUCUAAAGCUGUCUGGUCUAUUAUCAUAAGUCAUUUCACCUAUGAUUGGGGUUGGUACACGUUAAUCACAUGUAUGCCAACAUAUAUGAGAAGAAUUUUAGGAUUUGAUAUGAUGUCUAAUGGUUUAUUGUCAUCUGUACCGUAUCUGGUACAAAUUAUUGUCUCAUUGACAAUUGCCUAUGUAUCAGAUAUCCUGAUAUCAGGAAAUUUACUAUCAACAACAUGGAUAAGACGUGUCAAUAAUUUUAUUGCUUUAGGAGGACUUGGAACAGGAAUCCUUUCUGUUAUCUUUGUUGGAUGUAAUGCGUAUGCAGCUGUAGCCUUAUUCUCUGCAACCAUCGGUUUUAUGGGUUUUUCAGCUGGUGGAUUCUUUUCAAACAAUUUAGAUUUAUCUGCACAAUAUGCUGGUAAUAUAAUAUCAAUAAGCAGUACAAUUGCAUCGACAACCGGUAUAUUUGCACCACUUGUUGUUGGUUUUGUGACUAAAUACAGUUCAGAUCUGACCGAUUGGUUCAUAGUGUUUGGCGUAUCCUCCAGUCUGGCAUGGUUUGGUUCAAUUAUAAAUUUAUAUUUAACAAGUGGAGAAGAACAACCAUGGGGUAGAUCGUCUACAUUGUAAAAGAAUACCUGAUGACAAUAUCUCCUUAUGUCACCUUCUGUUCUUCAUGAAUGACAUUCUUUAUUCUUAACUGAUCAAUACUAUUCAAUGCUGAC